GACACACUAUGAAGCAUUAGGAGAGAGUACUGAUUACGAAUGUCUGGUGUGUUCAGAACUCCAGCUGGUGGUCAUGACCUGUUUCAAGUGUUCUAUUCUUCUCUGCAAUGAUUGUCUUCCGUCAGUAUCAUGUUGUCCACAGUGUAAAGCCGCCCCAGUAACAGAAGUAUUCACCCCUAACAGCUUUGUCUCCAAACACAUAAAGACUAUUAAAGUGGAGUGUACUCUGUGCUCCUGGACCGGAGAUUUCUACGACUUUCGUCAGGCACAUGCAGAACACUGUGAAGAAGUACUAGUGCGGUGUAAACACAAAGAUUGUUCCCAAAAGUGCAAGAGAUCUACCAUUACUGACCACGAGUCUGGGUGUCAGCAUUAUAUUGUGCGGUGUCAGUUUUGCGAUACAACUAUCCAGUUUAAUGACCUACAGGAACACCAGUCUGCCUGUGAGGAAUGUCAGCUAUGUGCGCAAUGCAAACAGUACCAGUUGAGGAGCAGUAUGGCACUACACACACAUCCCAACGUUGGCUGGUGCACGGCUGUCAAUUUAGCGUGUAUUUACUCGGACUGUAGUUAUGAGGGUUCACACCAUUCUUUAGCUAGUCACUAUUUAACGGAACAUGAGUUAGGGUUGGAGGAAUUGGUUAAAACUGUUCUGAUAUGAUGUUGGUUUGAAGCCUUUAUUUCGAUUUUAAAAUUCAUUAUUUGAGAGAAGAUUUUGGUGAUAAGAUUUGUAUUGUAUAUAUUUGA